AUGCAGGGGCCUACUCGCUGUGCAGCAUACGAGAUUCUCUUGAACCAGGAGUCGAGCUGGUGUCCCCUUCAUUGCAAGGCGGACUCUCAACCACUGGACCACCAGGGAAACCUAAGAACAGAAGACUAUUUCCAAUGCCCCAUAUUAAUUUGUAUGAAAUCGGAUAAGACAGAGCAAUUGUCAGAAAACUGGAAUGGGAAUCACACAAGGGUGGUAGUGUUUAUUCUAGCAGGUUUAACAAGUGACCCACAAAUGAAAAUUGUUUUAUUUAUCUUCCUACUACUCACCUACUUGCUAAGCAUCACUGGCAAUCUGAUUAUCAUCACACUUACCCUGGUAGAUACUCACCUGAAGACCCCCAUGUACUUUUUCUUUCAAAAUUUUUCCUUUUUAGAAAUUUCAUAUACUACUACAUGCAUCCCUAAAUUGCUGGUUAUGAUGGCAACAGGAGACAAAACCAUUUCCUAUAACAGUUGUGUGACUCAAGUGUUUUUUGCCUUUCUUCUUGGCGCGUCUGAAUUUUACUUACUGGCAGCAAUGUCCUACGACCGCUAUGUUGCCAUCUGUAAGCCCCUGCAUUACACAACCAUCAUGAACGGUAAAAUCUGCAUGCAGCUUGUCCUCAGUUGUUGGUUUGCUGGAUUUUUGGUCAUCUUUCCACCACUCCUCUAUGGCCUAAACCUUGACUUCUGUGCUUCUACCUUUGUUGAUCAUUUCUAUUGCGACACCACUCCCCUCCUACAAAUCUCCUGCUCAUAUACAAAGUUAAUCGAGAUGAUGGGAUUCAUCUCAGCUGUGGUGACAUUGGUGAUCACAUUGGUAAUGGUGAUCCUAUCAUAUACCUCAUUAAUAAUUCUGUCCUACACAUAUAUCAUCAGAACAAUUUUGAGGAUCCCUUCUACCACUCAGAGGACAAAGGCCUUUUCCACGUGUUCUUCCCACAUGAUUGUCAUCUCCAUCUCUUAUGGCAGCUGCAUUUUCAUGUAUAUGAAUCCAUCAGCAAAGGACAGGGUGUCUUUGAGCAAGGGGGUGUCUGUGCUAAACACCUCCAUAGCUCCCAUGCUGAACCCCUUUAUCUAUACCCUAAGGAAUCAGCAAGUCAAGCAAGCCUUCAUGGAAAUGACAAGGAGGACUGUAUUUUUCUCAAGCAAAUGA